CAGAACGAUCAAUUGAUGCUCAUUUUCAACCACACCUUCUUGACUUUACAUGUCAAUUGCAAUCCUAACAUCAGCCAGCAAACUCUCUACCCUUCAGAAUGCCACCCCGACGCAGCGCUAGGGCCGCUGCGGCCGCUGCGACAUCUGCCUCCCAGCCCGCUUCACAAUCUGCCUCGCCGCUUGAGGAUUGUGUUGUUGCUAUCAGCGGCGCCUUUCCCAACUUGACGCAGGCCCAGACCAAGGACAAAAUCACUUCCCUAGGCGGCACUGUCUCACCAUCCGUCAACAACAAAACCACACAUUUGGUCACAACUGAACAUGAUUUCUUGGCCAACACAACCAAGGUCAAGGCCGCCACAGAAAAGAACAUUCUAAUCGUUAGGUACGAUUGGCUGCUCGAUUGUGAGACCAAGGGCAAGCGACUCUCUGAGAAGCAGUAUGAUGUUAGCGCCAAAGCUACUGCCGCGCAGGCCACCGUCCAGGCUCAACAGUCUCAGGCUGCUUCCAAGUCGAAAGGAGCCAAGCGCGCCGCCAGUGUGGCCUCGGAUGACGAAGCAGACAAAGGCAAACAGCCGGCGAAAAAGAGAAAGGCCACCAAUGGCAAAGCUAAUGGCAAAACGAACGGUACCAAGCAAGAGUCUGGGGAUGAAUCAGAGCCCACCAAAGGCAAAGCUGCCAAGGGAAAGAAAGCCGUCAAGAAAGAGGCCAAAGAUGAGCCGAAAGUUGAUGGGCAGGUUGCCAAGUCAAAGGACGUUCAUGUUCCCCUUGACGAAGGUUGUUUACUCAGCGGCUACUCUGUCUACAUAGACUCCGACGGCCACAUCUGGGACGCGUCACUCAACCAGACAAACGCGAGCAACAACAACAAUAAGUUUUACCGCCUUCAAGUUAUCAGGAACGCGCAGGGUGACUUCCAAACCUGGACACGUUGGGGCCGUGUCGGCGAACGAGGUGCAACUGCAACGCUUGGUAGUGGCACAAAGGAGUCGGCGAUUAGCCAGUUUGAGAAGAAGUUCAAGGACAAGUCAGGACUUGAUUGGUCCAACCGGAUGGCGCCUCCUAAACCCAAGAAGUACACUUUUAUCGAGCGCAGUUACAAUCAAGACUCCGAUGAGGAGGAGGAGGAGACUGCUGAAGAGGAACAGAAGGAUGACAAAUGGGUGCCUCCUGAGUGCAAGCUCGAAGAACCAGUUCAGGAUCUCAUGAAGCUCAUCUUCAACCAGCAGUACUUUGACGCAGCAAUGUCGGAGCUCAAUUACGACUCCAACAAACUACCCCUGGGAAAACUCAGCAAGCAAACCAUUACUCGUGGUUUUCAGGCUUUGAAGGAUCUCUCGGCUCUCCUGGACGAUUCAUCCAUCGCCGCAACGAAAUACCCUGACAUGAGUGUCCAAGAAGCUAUCGAGCACUUGUCCAACACCUAUUACUCUGUCAUCCCACACGCCUUUGGACGCAAUAGCCCGCCUGUCAUUCAGGAAAAGAGCUUGUUGAAGAAGGAGGUUGAACUGUUGGAAAGCUUGAGCGACAUGAAGGACGCCUCCAACAUCAUGGGCAAAGACAAGGUCGGCGAUCCAGUGCACCCAUUGACUAAGAUGUACAACGGCCUCAAUCUCAGUGAGAUGACGGCUCUUGAGAAAGAUUCUAGCGAGUUCCGUUUGCUUAAGACGUACCUGAACGAAUCGCGGGGUGAAACUCAUGGCCAUAACUACACGGUUCGGGAGAUAUUCCGUAUCGAACGUCAAGGCGAAAAGGAGCGGUUCGAGAAAGAGUCGCCCGUCAGCGACUCUGGAGAUCGGAGGCUUUUGUGGCAUGGCUCGCGUGUAACCAACUAUGGAGGUAUCCUCAGUCAAGGUCUCCGAAUCGCACCGCCCGAGGCUCCUGUGUCUGGUUACAUGUUUGGCAAGGGCAUUUACCUGGCCGACAUGUCAUCGAAAUCGGCGAACUAUUGCUGCUCUUACAUCUCGGGCAAUGAGGCGCUUCUCCUGCUCUGUGAAGCACAACUUGGCGACCCUGUGCAGGAGUUGACCGACUCGGACUACGACGCAGGCGAAAAUGCCGCAAAGAAGGGAAUGUACUCGACAUGGGGUCGUGGCAUGACGGGGCCCUCGAAGUGGAAGGAUGCUGGUGCGGUUCACGACAGCCUUAAGGGCGUCAAGAUGCCCGAUACAAGCGUCAAGCCGGGCGAUACGGGCUAUCCCAACGCGUGGUUGCAGUACAACGAGUACAUCGUCUACGACCUGGCGCAAGUGCGUCUUCGGUAUCUGUUGCGGGUUAAGAUGUAAUGCUUUGGUCGAUUUUCAGAUUACUCGCAGUGACUGUCUCUAUCCUCUAGGUCGGUGGACGGAACGACCAUGGCGGCCAGGCUGGUUGCUAUUCAUGACGACAGGUUUCAGAUGGACGAUGACUUCUGGUCCACAUUUGCUUUAUAUACAAGUUUGUUGCAAGGAUAUGGGCAUAUGUUCAUGGCACUCAAAAUUUGUGGCUGUUUCAUAUCCUUACGCGAGCUUUAGCAUUUUCGAAUCAAGACGAUCGUUUGCA